AAGACUGUAAAGUGGCACCGCCCCCUCACGCUGUCACCAGCAGUAAAGAUGGCGGCGCCCUGCAGGAGGCUGCUGAGGUCGGCUGUGGAAGGUCUUUGCUACUUAUCAGCCAGAAGGUUCUGCAUGCGGACGCCACUCGUGCAGAACCCGACCCAUCCCAGAUCUCAGCAGUGUGUGUUACACUACAGGCCUCUUCACUGUGGCUCCUCCCCUUUACUCAGCGGUGCUACAGCUGAGCCUCAGAGAGCGACAGAACCUAAAGAUCGAGGUGAUCCCGAAAAGACAGAGGAGCUCGAGGAAGAGUACGGACCAGAAUACAUUCCAAAGAGGAAGGCCAAAAACCCCAUGAUGAUAAUUGGAUACGCGUGGAUCAUUGGUCUUCCUGCCGGUGUGAUCACCUUUAUUCUGGCUAAGAAGCAGGUAGACAAGAACAGACUGAAGCAGUUGAAGAUUCGACAGAGGAUGAAUAGAGCCAACGAAAGAGGAUACGAGCGUGAGCACCACAGAUCAGCAGCGGGGAUAGAGUAACUGAUUUAGAGAACUUUAAUAACUUCAUAUUGUUGAAUUUCAUGCCUGUGAUGCACUUAUUGCCUUUCUCAAAUUUACUAGUAGGGUUUCUAACCAUCGUUAGCAGAGAGUGUGUUUACUUGCACUUCAUAAACUAAUUACUGUAGUUCUGGUGGAAACAGGAGAGUUGAGGUGCACAUUGAAUUCUGCUGUGAUUUGAUCAGCCGUGGUUUUAUGUUUUUUGGAUACAAUCCGGGUUAGCAUCCGAACAUCCUCUUCAGACAGCUUCCUCUUGCGUCCACAGUUAAUCCUGUUGGAUGUGGUUCGUCCUUCUUGGUGGUAUGCUGACAUUACCAUAGAUACCGUGGCUCUUGAUACAUCACAAAGACUUGCUGUCUGGGUCACACACACACACACACACACACACACUAUAUAUAUAUAUAUAUA